UUAGUUAACAGCCUGUUAUCAAUAAUUUCGUCAGUAAAUUUUAAUACAGAUUUCAAAAUUCCAAAAUAUGCGGCUUUUGGUUCUCUAUGGUAGUCAAACCGGAACUGCCCAGGACGUGGCCGAACAGAUAUGGAGGGAGUCUCACUUACUGGGGUUCCAGGGGCCUGUACUCCCCUUCGAGGACUACGACAUGCAGAAACUCAUCGAGGAGCGCCUCGUGGUCUUUGUGGUGGCCACCACUGGAGACGGAGUGGAGCCAGACAAUAUGAAGCUGGCUUGGCGGUUCCUAUUGAAACGCAGCUUGCCCGCCCAAUCCCUACAGGGAAUGCGAUUUGCUUGUUUGGGUCUAGGAGACUCGAGCUACCCAAAGUUCAACUAUGCUGCCAAGAAAUUAAGUAAAAGACUUCAAAAUCUGGGAGCCACAUCUCUCUGUCCCGUGGGCUUGUGCGACGAUCAACACGAUUACGGCCACUUGGGUGUUUCCCUCCCCUGGACAAAGGAUCUUUGGACGGUUCUGAAAACUAAUUUGGGUUUGGAUGAGGAAAAACUCAACGGAAGUCAUCCUACGAUAACGAAAUGGAAAGUAAAGCAAUUGCCAGAGGGUUCUGCAAUUUCUGAUCCUAAAAAUCUACUUUGGAACCAAAAACAAACUUCACAUACUUUUAAGUUAAAGGAUAUUCAGAGGACCACAGCUGAAAACCACUUUCAGGAUGUUCGUUUCUUGAAGUUGGCAUCCCAGGCACAGGAAAUCAAUUGGGAGCCAGGAGAUGUUAUUGAUGUGCAGCCACAAAACAGCGAUGAAGCUGUCAAAUCAUUCUUUGACCUUAUCCGCGAACAUAAACUGGAUUUUAAUGAGGAUACCAUCGUGGAAGUCUGUAGUGCCAACCUGGAUAUGCCUCUUCCGAAAGCCUACUCCAUGCCCUUGAGUCUUCACCAAGCAGCCAAAUAUAUUUGGGAUCUCAGUGCUAAGCCGCGGCAAAGAUUCUUGGAAGUUCUCGGACAAAAUUGUGCCGAUGAAAUGGAGAAGGAGAAGCUGGAAGAAUUCUGUUCCGGAGAGGGGAUUGACGAUCUAGUGGCUUACGUCAAUAGGCCGCGCAGAAAUCUUCUAGAAGUUCUUCAAGACUUCCGGCAUGCCACCGCACACUUGACCGUAGACCAGCUCUUUGAAAUGAUGCCCCUUAUCCAGCCUCGUAGCUUCUCUAUAGCCUCGGAUGCUUCGGAAGCUACCUUGGACUUACUGGUGGCUGUGGUUAACUACAAGACUAUAAUGCACACUCCGCGCCUCGGACUUUGCUCCAAUUGGUUGAAAAGUCUAGAGCCUGGAACAGAAAUACAUGGUGUGAUUAAGAAAGGAACAAUGACCUGGCCAAAGGACCUGAAUACUCCGCUUAUUAUGAUAGGUCCUGGCACCGGAAUCGCCCCAUUCCGUAGCAUUAUCCAGAACAGACUGAAAGCCCAAUCUUCAGGUGCUACCAUUGGUCCCCUCGUAGUAUUCUUUGGAUGCCGAAAUAAAGCUGCUGAUUUUCAUUUCGAAGAAGAUUUUGAUGCUUGGACCAAGACCAAGCAAGUAGAGGCUCAUUUUGCUUUCUCUAGAGAUGAGGAGAACAAAGUAUACGUGCAACAUUUAAUCACCAAAAAUGGCCAACACCUGAAGCCCUUAAUAAGAGACUUGAACGCAUUUAUUUACGUGGCCGGAAAUUCCAACAACAUGCCAAAAUCUGUUAGAGAAGCUUUCAUCGAGGUCCUCGAUGGCGAUGCGGACUACGUGGAUACGAUGAUUAAGCAAAGACGCUAUCAAGAAGAGACCUGGGCUUAGAAUGUACUUUAUUUUCUUUUAAGUUCCUAUUUGUACAGUUUGUGGACGGAAAUUAUAUUUUUAAACAGAA